CUCCGUGCUUACCGACCACCUCGUGCUCUCAGUCUUGUACCCUCGGGAAUCACCAUGUGGUCCUGGCCGACUGGCCUGACGUAGCAGUCUCGCAAAGAGAGUGUUGCGUGUGUAUCACGUUCAGGAUCACCGAGGAACAGCAGCAGACACCUGGCAGUCUCUGACGUUUGUAACCCGGAUUGAGUAGCAAACUCAAUGAAGCUCAGAAAACACUCAUACAGGUGGUUCAUCCUUUUACUGGUGUGGACAGGACUGGCAUUAGGAAAGCAGAGAAGAGCUGACGCAGGAAGGAGAGGAGCACCUCGUUUCGCGGAACCUAUUCCUAAUGUGACCAUAGCAGAAGGCCGCUCCUUGACGUUAGCUUGUGUAGUGGAGAACCUCGAACCAUAUAAGGUGUCGUGGAUUCACAUAAACAGGCACAUGCUAUUAUCUCUACAUGAUGCUGUGAUUACAAGAAACCCACGCUUCCGAAUAACCCAUAACGGCCAUAGCACCUGGGUUCUUCACAUAGAUAACGUCCAGAAGGAUGACCAGGGCCAGUAUAUGUGUCAGAUUAAUACAAAUCCCAUGAUUAGUCAAAGUGGACACAAUA